AUGGGAGCAACUUCCUCUACGAUUGGAAUGAUACCAAGAGAAAACACUGGGUCGGUUAAAGAAUUGACAAUGCUUUCGUUAUACUCUCCAUCUUCUCCCUUUUCAAAAAUAUCUAGUCCUGAAAAAAAAUCGACAUCAAGCAAAAAGGAUGAUACUCUUGAUGAACUUGAUAUUGAUAUGUUUUACAUUAAAUCCGACAAAAAACGAAGUCAGUCGAGUCGUGAAUACACAAAAAAGCCUUCGACGUUCUUUUCACAUCGUAAGAGUAGAAAUUGCGAGACUCGAAUAUCCAAAUUAAAAAUAACUAAAAAUACCAAAUGUGUAAUUGAUGACAAGUUGGUUCGACAGGACAUAGGUGCAUUAGAGCAUAAUUUCUUCUACUCAUUUUUAAUGGCGAAAGUGAUGUGUGAAAAUUUCAAUUCAAUUUACGACACUAAAAUUCAUGGAUUUGAUACACGUAAUUUGCGAAGUGAAAUAUGUGGGAAAAGAUCUCUUCUUUUUGUUUUUCAAACAAAAGAAUACGUUUUUGGCUUUUAUCAAAAGGACAUGAUUCCAUUGGUGAAGUCUAAUGAACCGACCCAAGUGACUUCCGAAGAGACUUUUCUCUUCUUCAUGAAACGUGAAUUGGAAUGUCCUUUUCUCAUCACCAAACGAGACCAAAAAAAGACGAAUUUCUCGUUGUAUGCAAACGAUUCUACAACACUCAUCUCGUGUUACUCUGCUUUUUGGUUGGAUACAAAUGGAAAUCUCUCAUUCAACCCACACAUGAAAGACUCUUACAAUAUCAAAUUAGAGUCUUACAGUCACUCACAUCUAAGUUCUUCUAUCAACAAUCAAUUCUGUGAAAGAAUGUUAGUCCUCAAAUGUUUAUAG